GACCCUUGGAGGAUGUGCCAGUCAUAGAAGAUAACUCAGAGGGACAGAGGAACAGAGGGACAGAGGAACAGAGGAACAGAGGGACAGAGGGACAGAGGGACAGAGGAACAGAGGAACAGAGGGACAGAGGAACAGAGGAACAGAGGGACAGAGGGACAGAGGGACAGAGGAACAGAGGGACAGAGGGACAGAGGAACAGAGGGACAGAGGAACAGAGGAACAGAGGGACAGAGGGACAGAGGAACAGAGGGACAGAGGGACAGAGGGACAGAGGAACAGAGGAACAGAGGGACAGAGGAACAGAGGGACAGAGGGACAGAGGGACAGAGGAACAGAGGAACAGAGGGACAGAGGAACAGAGGGGCAGAGGGACAGAGGGACAGAGGAACAGAGGGACAGAGGGACAGAGGAACAGAGGGACAGAGGAACAGAGGAACAGAGGAACAGAGGGACAGAGGGACAGAGGAACAGAGGGACAGAGGAACAGAGGGACAGAGGGACAGAGGAACAGAGGGACAGAGGGACAGAGGAACAGAGGGACAGAGGAACAGAGGGACAGAGGGACAGAGGGACAGAGUGACAGAGGGACAGAGGGACAGAGGGACAGAGGGACAGAGGGACAGAGGGAUAAAGGAAAAUAACACGUUAAUUGAGAAAUACCGGAGAAAUUCAAAUUCCCAGACGACAUGAAGACGGAGGGGGAAAUACUAUUGUUCAAAGAGGUCUAGAACAAGAGAGAGAGAGAGAGAGUAACAGCGUGUGGACAUUGACUCCACAGGGAACACAUUCUCCACUGCGUCAGCAGAACAGAAGGAGUGAUCCUCCACACACUUCUCCUUUCAUCCAUCCAUCUGUCUGUCUGUCCAUCCAGUGAAGAAGAGGAGGAGAGAUGAAGACAUCUCAUAAUGACUAUAGUUCUCCAGACUCUGAUGACAUGGACGGGCUGAUCGAUGUGGGACAGGACGACGGCUCCUGUCCAGUCACUGGGUCCAUGUCCCCAGGUAGCACGUCCCAGAUUCUGGCCCGGAAGAAGAGAAGAGGGAUCAUAGAGAAGAGGCGCAGAGACCGGAUCAACCACAGUCUGUCAGAGCUUCGGAGACUGGUGCCCAGCGCCUUGGAGAAACAUGGCUCGUCUAAGCUGGAGAAAGCAGAGAUUCUGCAGAUGACGGUGGACCACCUUAAGCUGCUGCAUGCCAUGGGGGGCAAAGGGUACCUUGAUGCGCGGGUCCUGGCUGUGGACUAUAGGACCCUGGGAUUCAGACAGUGUGUAGGAGAGGUGGUUCGGUACCUGGGCUCUUUAGAAGGAGGGGUGGACUCCCCGGACCCUAUCGGAGCCCGCCUGGUCUCCCACCUCUCCCACUGCACCAGCCAGCUGGACCCUCUUCUCCUUCAGUCGCCCCCCACCUCCUCCUCCCUCCCUUUUCCUCCCUGGCCCUGGAUCUCCUCCUAUCACCACAUGUCACCUGUCUCGUCUCCCCACUCUCCAUCUUUCUCCGCAAGGCGGAGGGAGCUGGCACGCCUGGGGGGUGGGUGUUAUCCCACCCGCACAACCGACACCCUGUGUCUCACCCCCCUGGGGUGCCAACAGGGGUCCAUGCUCGCCCCUGCCUUGGUGUCUGGGCUUCGCAGGGUGCCCUCUCUCCCACCACCUUCCUCCCCUGCCCUCACCGCCACCCCCAUUCACAGACUCACUCAGCAGUCCCCUGGAGCCCCACUCCUCCUCACCUCCUCUUCCUCCUCCUUUCCCACUGCUCCUCCACAAGUCAGACCAUUUGUCCCUCUGGGGUCUCCCGCAGGUCAGCGCAGGGGCAAAGCUGCAAAGACCUGGGGGACUGAGAUAGGAGCCUUCUGAUCCAGAACCUGUCAACAUGAUGCACCGUGUAAAGUUUGCUCUUAACCACUGAUCUGGGAUCAGAUUACCCUUAACCCAGUGAAGGCUGCCGAGAGGGUAUCAAACACAUGGAAACCAUCUCUCUCUCUCUCUCUCUCUUUCUCUCUCUUCUCUCUCUCUCUUUCGCUCUCUUCUCUCUCUCUCUGUCUUUCUCUCUCUCUCUCUCUCUUUCUCUCUCUUCUCUCUCUCUCUUUCGCUCUCUCUCUUCUCUCUCUCCCUCUCUCGCUCUUCUCUCUCUCUCUUCUCUGUCUCUCUGUCUCUCUCUCUGUCUCUCUCUCUCUCUUCUCUCUCUCUCUUUCUCUCUCUCGCUCUUCUCUCUCUCUCUCUCUCUUCUCUUCUCUCUCUCUCUGUCUCUCUAUCUCUCUCCGUCUCUCUCUCUCUGUCUCUCUCCGUCUCUCUCUCUCUGUCUUUCUCUGUCUCUCUCUCUCUUUCUGUCUCUCUCUCUCUCUCUCUCUCUCUCUCUCUCUCUCUCUCUCUCUCUCUCUCUCUCUCUGUCUUGGCUCUUCUCAGACUGUUGCUGUGAACUGAACUGUGUUUGUCCAUGUAUUUUGUGCUGUGAUGUUUUAAUUUGUAUAUUUUAAAUCAUUUACAUACAUUUUAUUACC